GAGUGGGCACCCGCGCGCGUCGUCUUCGCGUUCUUGAAAUUGAAGCAAUUCAACCACCAACAAUUCCACCAAAUAUGCCUCAAUCAUCAAAUCCUUUGGUGGAACGAGAGGGCCGUAUCUGCCUCGCUAUUGAGGCUAUUCAAAAUGGCGAAAUUUCGCUUGUUAAGGAAGCUGCAAGCGUUUUCAAUAUUCCGCGUUCAACUCUGCAACGACGCCUUAAGGGAGUCAAAGCACGCGUGGGCUUCAUCCUCGGCCGGCAUACGUACGGAAUAUGGCAACAAUCCUUCUCCAAAAACGAAACUCGAAUUCCACAGUCUCUGUGGGUGA